GACACCCUAAUUGCAUUGGCCCUACUAAAAAACCCUACCACUCGGUCAUGCCGGUCAUGCUUACCGAUGCAAACUCUGGUACCUGGCUUUGCACGCUAGGUGCCAUGGGAGGCAUGACGCAGGCCGUCGUCAUCGCACAGCUGUUGCUGAACAUGAUGGAACUUGGUCUAAACCCCCAAGAGUCUUUGGCGCGACCACGCUUUCUGCUGGGCUCCCCGAAUCGCUCGCAUCCUGAUGGUGCUCUUGCGGUGGAAGCCACAUUUCCAAAGGACGUGCUACAGGCGCUGAAGCAGCGGGGCCAUAGCGUGAAGGACAAAUGCGUAGACCCUCGCACACACGGCGCAGGGCAUGCCAACAUACUGGCCAGAGCGUCGCUAUGGUCUGACAAGGGAGAUGAGACAAACGCGGUUGGAGUCCAGCAGUCGACCGAUGUCGAUCCCAUCUGGUGUGGUGUCGAACCUCGCAUCAGCGGUUCGGCUUUGGGAUAUUGAAAGCACUCGUAGUUUGGCACA